CAUGUAACAGGUGCCUCUGAAAAUAUAAAGAGAAAAUAGUUUUCGUACUCUAAAAGCACGAUUACUUGUAUGUAUAUACACAUAAUUACAUAUGUUUUGUAUAAAUAUACAUACAUUUAUAAAUACAUUCGACUGGCUAUUGCGCAGGACAGAUACGUAGCUCCGGGAAAACGAUAAAAAUACUAACUGAUUUCUUCGCCCGAGCUUUUAUUUAUCGUAAACUGUUCGUCUGACUAGUGUGACUAGAAAUUCAAAAUUUUAGAUGGUUAUUAGAUGUACACACUUUUAUAUUAUAGGUAUACUCGUGUGCAAAGCCUAUCCUUAGUUCUGAAGCAAGAGCAAGGUUAUAUCGACUUGUUGCAUUGUGUUAUUUUGAACAACUUUGAUGUAACUGCGCAAGCUAUAAGUUACAAUUGAAGAACACUGCGAAUAAUGUUAGAAAAUCUUUAGAAUUGUUAAAAUAUUCAGACAAAAAUACGUAUGUAUGUAUGUACAUAUGUCUCAUAAAUGGCGUAGUAAUCGAAAUAUCUCUUAAUACACUAAUAGCUAAUUAAUUUUUUUUUGUCAAAUUCAAUUAUAAUAAAUGAUUAAAAUGCCAAGCAGAAAGCGAUUUCAACAAUUUUUGAAUUUCAUAUUCGAAAAUGUAACAUUUUGGCAAAAAGUCAUGGUAUAAAUAAAAAAAGAAUUAUUAAAAUCGACACUCAACACUUAGUAUAAUAAAAGAAGUCGUAUUUCUGUAACUAUACCGUUAAUUUAAGUUAUUACGCUGAAUUACUUUAAGGGUAAUCGUCAUUAUCAUAACAUAUCUAAGUUCCUUGAUAUUAUGAAUCAAAUUAUUUAUCAUUAACAGCUGAUAUUAUUGUCGAUGUAAAAAGGCACUGAUAGAACGAAGUGCGCCCUCGAACGAAUGAGCUUUCACGAGUGCUCCAUACGAGUACGAAUUAGAAGUACAUAUCCAGGUUCAUAUGUACUUGCUAUAAAUUACGGUAACAACGAACACGAACACCACUUUAGAAUGUGAACAGUAAGGAUAUUGACUAAUUGUGUCUGCUGACGUAUACAAUAAUUUCUGAUUAAGUAGAAAAAUACUAUUUAGAGUGAUAAAAUUACCUAUUAAUUAAUUAAUUUUGUAUUGUGGUGAGUAAAUGACUGAGUAAUAUUUUAUUUAUUUUUUGAAAGUGCAAAAUUUACGAAGGAUUAAUACUUUCGCAGGUAUUCGACGAAUCUUUGUAAGGUCUCAGCAAGGAGUGCCCAAUUAAUCCAAGAAUCGUUAUCAAUAUGAAUCUUGCUCCCUCUUUCAUUAUUUUAAUACAACUAUUUUGUGCGGCAAUUGGUUCAUUGCUUCAACGGUCACCUUAUUCCCUGCAGGGAGCUGUGGACGAGUUACAUCAUCGGGAUGUUGCAAAAUAUCCACUAAAUGCACCACCUUCACAAUCAUACUACUUUAAUGGUGCUUUCAACACUGGUACCGAACAAGAUUACUGGAAUGAUGAUUCUCUUUCUCCUCUCAAUAACAUCAAAAUUCUCAAUAGGCACAAAUUGAAUAAGAUUCUCGCCAAUUAUUUGAAACAUGAAAAUUCCAAUAACGAUCCUGACAGUUUUGGCCUCGGUCCGUUCGAUGAUUACGAAUUUGACGGUAAUAACCAGAUUUCCUUAGAGCCCAAUGAAAAGGCACGUUUAUCAUACUUUAGAGAGCGUGAUAGCAAAAAUGACUUUCAACCCACUUCGAUAUUUCGAGAACGUGAAAUUCAAAAAGCUCCUACAAGCGUUACAGUUCCUGAGCAUUCUGAAUUAACAAAAGAGUUCUUGCGUGAAAUCGAAGAUGCCCAGGAAUUUGAACGAGAAGACCACUUUAAAGAAACUUUGCGUAAUCUAUUGGAGCAAUAUCAACAACAGGAGAAUGAUAUUGAAGAUAGUGAGUUCGAAGAAAAAAAACGCAUGAGAAUGCCUCCCUUCUAUAUGCUAAUGCAAAAGAAACGCUCAUAUCCGGUACUGCCUUGGUUACCCUAUUCAGAACGUAAAAAACGUUUUCCAGUCGCGAAACGAUCAACUAAAACUUUGUACAGCGGAAAUAUGAAUUUGGGAAAAACCGAUGAAAAGGUGACUCAAGAGUUGAGCGAGUUGUUUGGGUCUUCUUCGUCUUCAACAAGUGACGAAAAGAGAAAACGUUCUACUGAUGAACAAACACAAACUUCUUUUCAUGGCUUUACAGCUUUAGCGCCAACUUUCGAAAAUGCCACACUAUUGAAGGGUCCGUCCAAUAAACAAAAUGUCACAAAUACUGAUAAAAAUAUUGAUGUAUUGUUAAACGAACACAGCCUUCAUAUUCCCCAUAUACAGAAGGAACAUAAGCACCGAAAACGAAGCGAUCAUCACGGUUCUCAUGAAAGUCAUGACGAAGAAGAGGGAAGCACUGAAUCUGAAGAGCGAGAAGAUGAAGAAGGUGAAGAGGAAGACGAAGAAGAAUUCGAAGAAGAAGACUUGGAAAAACGUAAGAAAAAGCGAGAUUUAAACAUCGUAAAGAAAUUUCUUAGGGAUGAAAAUUUUCCGUCACAACGCACAGACAAUCUAAGACAAAAAAAAUCCAUUGAUUGGUCAACAUACUUUGGGAUAGAUCGCAAAAAGAAGGAUACUAAGAGUCCAAAUGAAGAGGAAACUGCUAAAAAUGAACAGGAAAAGAAAAGCCGUGAUUUAAAUAGAGAAGAAAUAAAAAGUAUGGAUAGAAAAUUACAAUCGAUUGAAGAUUUCAUCAUUGAUGAGACCAUAAAAUAUACCGGAGCUCAUGAAGGUAUAGCAAAUCCUGAUGAAAUAAGGCGUUUGAAGGACCAUGUGCUUUCACGUUUAGCUACAGCAUACAGUUUGGAAAAAAUGCGUCGUGCUUUAGAAAAAUUGAGAAAAUAUGUUGAAGCUGAUAAUCAUUUACUGCGCAAUGUAAUCGAGCCGGACGAUGGUAGUGAAAAUGGAAUAGAAAAGAGAUUAUCAGUCAAGAAGGAACAAGCGACAGAACAAGAUUUAGAGAAUAAUAGUCUAUCCUCGGCCAAUGACAUAACAAAGGAAAUUAACACGAAAACAAUGAUGGGCAACAGUCGAGCCUAUUCCACCAUCGAAAAUAUCGACAUAAAAAGUCGCGAUAAUUCGGAAAAUGUAAAAAAACGCAAGAAGAAAUUGAAUAGCUACGUACGUUAUCCGGAGUUACCCAACAACUUCAAGGAAGCAGACGAGGAUGUUAGCGUUGGACUUUAUGAAACGUUAAAUGACGCAUAUUUGGGCAAUAAAAACUACAUAAUUGGCUCGAAUCAGUGUCCUUUAAUUAAAUCAAUGGUAGAGCGUUGUAGUGGUGUGGAAUUUCUAAGUGUGGAUACCAAUCAAGAGCUCUUGCCCAUUUGUGGAGUAUAUCAAAUCUGUUAUUUAUGUGGAACUUCACAAAUGGCUUGUGAUUAUCAAUAUUUGGCUGAGGCCGAUUCCAUUUGUGGUGACAACAAUGAUUGUCAAGCGUCGGCUCGUUCUAUAUUGAUGAUAUUGCGCGGCACUGUAACCCAACAACUUGGACCAAAAGAAUGUAUGAAGAAUUCAUGUUUUCGCAGUGCUAUGCGAGAGAUUGGUUUGUAGACCAUUAACCGCCAACUUAAUAAACAAAUAAAAAUAAAAAUGAUAUGAUGUAUUCAUCAAUAUCGAAAAUACAUGCAUAUACAACUAGUGGAACUAUAAUAAAUAUAAAUAUAUUUUGAAGUAUGAUAUAGUUGAAUAUAACAAAUGUAAUUCGUGUUAUGGAUUCUGUUGUUGAAUUUACAGGCUUUAUUGCAUACAGACAUACAUACAUAUGUAUGUAUGUAGAAAUAUAUAAGCAUGUAGCAUAUAAAAAUGCAUAUAUAAAAUAAAUUUACUUGACUAUAAUUAUAAAUAAAUAUAUGCAAUGUGAACGGUAGACAUACUAUUUUUAUUUCAAAAGACAUAUUAAAAAGUAUUUUUAUGUAUGUGUAUGUAUUUUUUAACUAUAAUAAAUUAAUAAUAUUUAUAAAAUAGGGAGAACAAUAUAAUUGAAUGAGUAAAAUUAUAAAUGUUAAAUGUGUAAUUUGAAUUUAAAAUAUACUACAAGGAGAAAUUAUCA